AAAUUCUCAUUUCCGAGUUCCCUCUUUGCGAAAAGUUGAAAACCCUAAACUCCCCCCCCCCCCUCUCUCACUCUCUGAACUCCCGCCGUCGGCCCCUCCGUCUUCGGCUGUCGUCGCAGCCUCGAGAUCUGCCGCCGGUCGCAGCGCCGCAUCUAGAUCUGCCUCGGCCUCCGCCUUCAGUCGUCGUCGCCCCCUCCGCCUCGUUGUCGCCCCACCGCCUCCGCCUCCGUCUUCGGUGGUCGUUGCUGCCUCGAGAUCUGCUUCCGGUCGUCAUCGCCGCCUCAAGUUCGGUCUCCGGUCGUCGUCCGCCUCUCCGCCUCCGUCUUCGGUCGUCGUCGUCCUCGCCGCCUCCAGAUCAGCCUCCGGUCGUCGCCACCUCCAGUUCAGCCUCCGUUCGUCGCCUUGGAGUUUUUUGCACCGAAUCUGAAUACACACUUCACCGAAUCUGAAUACUGUUCACACAGACUGCGUGUUUGUUUGAACUUGGCUUGAUGACUCAUAAAUAAUCUUCCUUAGAGGAGGCAUGGAUGGAGAAGUCUCUAAUAUAAAGAAGUGGAUGGUGUUAUAUCCUGUUUACAUAAAUUCAAAGAAAACAAUAGCAGAGGGGAGGCGAAUAAGCACAAGCAAAGCUUGUGAAAAUCCUACUUGUUCUGAGAUUGGAGAUUGCUGCAACCAUCUUAAAGUCCCAUUCGCAAUUGAGAUUGAUAAGGCGUAUCCACGUGACUUCAUGCAACGAGGGAGAGUGAGGGUAUUGCUGAAAAAGGAAGAUGGAACUUUAUAUAAUCCAGCAAUCCCUUCAAAGCAACAGCUAAUGCUCCGCAUAGCAGAGUUGGUACCCCGACAUCCCGGGAGGAACAAAAAACAAGAGCCUUCCGCUACUGCUGCUGCUGCAUCAACCUCGGGUGCUGCACCUUCGAAGAAGAGUGGAAAAAAGAAGAGAUAGAUAUGAGCUUGAUGAUUUUGUUUUUUGAGAGUGAUACGGCCAUGGAAGGUCUCUCCUACUCGUUGGGUCAAAAUUGUCACCUUUUGUCAUUUGUUUGUAACGUGGACUUCCACAGUUUUUAACUCUUGAAGAGGAAAGGAUCAUUAAUUAAGCCGGUACUGUUAACGAAGAAA